UUUAGAGGGUUGUUGCAAACGGCGCCAACGACCGGAUGCCCCCAGCUCAUCCACGGAGGAGCGCCCUUUGAAGAGAUCACGACGGACUUCUCGCCGCCGCGGAGAAGAGACGACCGAUUCGAUAUUAUACUGCACUAGAAAGGGACGCGGCUGCGGCAAUACUUUGAGUAGGACUGGAGCAUGGAGAGUCUUCUUGCGAGGAAGAAAUCUUCCUCAACUCUCAGUCGCAAGCGAUCAGCAUCUGGUUCUGCUAGCUUGGCAACGCCUGGCGACCAGAGGCCGAGAGAAAAGAAGACUGCUCCAUAUCGUAACCCGCGAUACAAAAACGUACUUGGAACCAAAGGAAGCUUCAUGGUCAAAGUCCUCCCAAGAGAGGCAAGCAAAACCGUCACACAGACUUUGCCACACAUUUAUCUGUUUUGCGAUGACAUCUUAGAGUCCACCUGUCGCAAGGUUGCAGACAGAAACGAAGUUGGCGUUAUUCGAGAUCUAAGUCUACUGGUCGUCCCCUCUUCAGAGCUCACUGCUACCCACGGCGCCACGGAGCUCGAUUACUUGAUCGAAAGCAUGAACGAAGGGUGGAACCACUUUCGAAGCCUCUUCCACGCUCGACACACUUUCUAGAUGGCUCGAAGCUCCCCGUCUAGAGGCUGCUCCUCAUCGUUGCCGAUACUCAAGCACGUCGAUGUCCCACCUCAUCCCGUUUCGCAGUCGAUAUUGACUCAUUACUAUAUUUUCUCUCCAAACACAAGCCUGUCUAAAGGCUGAUCAUGCGUCCGGGGUUGAAGAUUCGUGCCGCAGUCUCCUGAACAGCCUCGAAGGUCAUGAAAUUGCAACUUUCACUCUCCAGAUGCGAAGUUACGGCUGCUAAAGUGCUGAACUCCCUACGACAGCCGGGUUUCGGGCAGUGAUAGAGG